CUUGUCUGUUUGUUUGUGUUUUUUUUUACUGCACGUUGAAACAUGGCAGCCAAAAUGGAGCUGGCGCCCCUAAGACCGUGGGACGACUUCUUCCCUGGAACAGACCGAUUUGCUAAACCAGAGUUUGGAGAUUUAACAAAGUGGAAUAACAGAGUGAUCAGUAAUUUACUGUACUACCAGACUAAUUAUUUCGCCUUGGCCGUGGUGGUUUUCAUCAUUGUAGGGUUCCUGAAUCCAUUUGGCAUGUUUCUGGGAGGUGCUGUGGUGUCUCUGGUCUUCGGGGUUUCUGUGUGGGCCGGAGAAAACAAGGCCACCAUCAAGAACUUCAAAAAGAAGAAUCCCACUCUGUUUGUGAUCGGUGUGAUGGUCACCAGUUACUUUCUGCUGUCACUGUGUGGUGGGGUCAUGGUCUUCAUCUUUGGGAUCACUUUCCCUUUGCUGUUAAUCCUGAUCCAUGCUUCUCUGAGACUCCGCAACAUGAAGAAUAGGCUGGAGAACAAGAUUGAAGGUGUUGGGCUAAAGAAGACCCCAAUGGGUGUCAUCAUGGAUCUCCUGGAUCAACAGGAGGAGAGAAUGAACAAGAUUCAGGAUUUUAUUGAAAGUAAACUGAAGGAGUAAAUCUUCAGCUGAGAGUUUGCCGCAGGAAGCUUGUGUCAUACAGUAUGAAUUUAGAUUUUUCUGACAUUAUUUGGUGUGUCGCAGUUUUGCUCCCACCCUCUUCACACGUAAAGUUACUGAUAUCUGCAUUCCCACUUCUCUUUUUUUUAUUAAUUAUUUUUGUUUACACUCACAUACUGAUUUUGAAGUGUGUCGAUGAGUAACACAAGGUUUGUGCAAUCAUUAUGUGAACAGGAGGUUAAUUUGGUUACCAAAGCUUUGAACAUUUCCAUGUCCAUAUAUGUCUAAAAUCAAGCCAUUUCUGUUGCUGACAGUGCACUUUGUUUUACAAGAUAAUUAGGUAUUUAAUUCAGCAAAAUGAAGUGGAAUAUCUAAACAGAAUAAUAGAAAUGAAUAGGAAGAAAGAAAGGAAAAAAAAGAGUAACUUUCAGUUUGCUACCUCAAAAUGAGCUAGUUUGUUUCUCAUCUCACUUAAUCAAACCACAUAACCAACACCAAGAGAACUGCUGGCUAAACAGCAAUAAGUUUAAUUAAAGAGUUCAGAUCUGAGAUCAAUUUGUUACUAAUAGGUUAGCAGUAAGGACAAAAAAUGUUAUAUACAGUAUGUGGUGUCAUAGCCUGACUGACGAGACAGUAGUGUGGUUUUUCUUGCUGUCUGUAGUUUGUUCCUGCAGUGCCUAGCCAUACAGGCUGGCAUUGGUUUAUCUGCUCUGAUCACAGUUAUGCAAUACUGAAAAAUGAAUGGCAAGUGCAGCUUUGUUUGAAUAUAUUGUAAUGAUAUGUGCAAGUUUGAUUAUUUGGAUAUGACUUCAUAACAUAGCAUGCAGAACUGUAACAAAUGGCUGCAGAAUUUAAGUAAAUGCUGAAUUAUAUACAUCCUGUGUGUAAAUCCCUAGUAAACCACCUGCCCUUGAGAUAAGUCAAAUGUGUCAUGUGUAAAGUGUUUAUUUUUACACCUAGUAUUUAUUUGCAGGUGUCUCUAGUUGCUUUUUGUAUAAGCACAUUGACUCCAGUCUGUGCAUGCAACAUUGACACUUAGCAGAGUCUGUAUACAUCAUAUAAAUCGUAUAUAUCUACAUUUCUAUGUGACUUUUUCAGUCUUGAAAAGAAAGCAAUGAACAUGACUGUCCUCUAUAAAAUAAAAAUAAAUUUAAUUUGG